GGCGGGAGCUGCGCCGCCUGCAGCCACGGCAGACGCACUGGCUUCGCAUCCCGGACUGUCACUCCUGCGCUGCCUCCGUGGAGCCCCCAUCUCUCUGACGUCUCUCUCCGGCUUCCUGAGACUCGUCGCCUCGAAUCAAAACGGGGAUUUUAAUGGUGGAAGCGGAGCCUCCAGCAGCCUGCGCACAGCCGGGUGUCUGCAGCGCCGUCGGUAAUGUGAGGAAUAAAACGGUGUCGCCGAAAGUGCACAACAUCCCGUUUCCAUGGACAACACGUCCAUAAUAACACAGGUUGCAAAUCCGAAAGAGGAGGAGAGCAUUUCUUCUUGUCCGGAUAAAGUCUCGCAGUCCAACAGCAGCUUAAAGAAGCACCGGAGUCGCAGUAUUUUCAGCCCUUUCUUCUGCUGCUUCCGAAACUACAAUGACUACCACGCGGAGCGACCAUCCACCAACAACAAGACACUCUCUCUGCCCCCACCGCCAGAGGAGAACGGCAGCCCUCCCAAGCCUCCAGACAAAUUCCUGCUGCCAGAGGUCAGUAUAGCAGACUACGACAAGAACUGCGUGGUGAUUGACUUGGAUGAAACCCUCGUACACAGCUCCUUUAAGCCCAUCAGCAAUGCAGACUUCAUCGUUCCAGUGGAAAUUGAUGGCACUGUUCAUCAGGUGUACGUGUUGAAGAGGCCUCAUGUGGACGAAUUUCUCCAAAAGAUGGGGGAGUUAUUUGAGUGUGUCCUCUUCACAGCCAGUUUAGCCAAGUAUGCCGAUCCGGUGGCAGACCUUCUCGACCAGUGGGGGGUGUUUCGCGCUCGACUCUUCAGAGAAUCUUGUGUUUUCCACCGAGGAAACUACGUGAAGGACCUCAGCCGGCUGGGCCGUAAGCUGAGUAAAGUCAUCAUCGUGGACAACUCACCUGCCUCCUACAUUUUUCACCCCGAGAAUGCAGUCCCAGUGCAGUCCUGGUUUGAUGACAUGGCCGACACGGAGCUGCUGGACCUGAUCCCUCUGUUUGAGGGCCUUAGUAAAGAGGAGGACGUUUACUGCCCCCUGCAGAGCCUGAGGAACAGGUAGCAGACGGCGCCUCCAGCAGGUCCCUCCCUUCUAGUCCGUCCCCUGGAUUCAGACUAAUGACCUGGUCAGCAGGAAGAGGAAACGCCGACCUGGCUGGAUUUUCUUUGUACAGAACUCUUACAGAAGAAAGAUUAUAUUACUGUAUGUACAUACUAAAUGUUUCUAAAAAUAAAACGCAUAGUUUUUCUAUCAAAGAGAGACAGUUUUAAUAUUCUAUCAAGUAAUAUUUUAGUUACCAAGAUGAAAAAAAAAGCUGUUUCUCAGAAUGAGUGACUUUUGUUGACUUGUGCUGCUGUUUGCUGUCUGACGUUUUUGUUCAAGCAACUGUGAGUUACCUUCUCCUAUGGAAUGAAGUGCCUUCAUUGCUGUGUUGAUUUCGUUUGGUGUCGGGUCGAUGGGUGCGGAUUUUUAUGUAUUUACUCCGAAAAUGUAAACAUUUGAAGUUAAGUCGGAAUAUAUACAAAAGCAAUUCCUAGAAACGAACUUGUUAGACUUGAAUAUUUCGGGAAUUUACAGUAAAGUAAUUCAAAUUGCUGAAAAUAUUAGCAGCUCAGUGUGAUUUCUGGAUCUUCACAUGCCUGAACUGUGUUUUUUAACAAAGAAAGAACAUUAGUAAUGACUGUCAAGUUAGAAAAUAAAUAUGAAAAGCAUUAGGUUAGACCAUAUGAGGCUAUAUUUAUUGAAGAAAUGGGUGUAAUGCUGUUCAAAUUGUACUGUAUGACAUUAUUAAAGCUGCAAGUUUGCACACUGUCA